CGGCGGCGGCGGCGCGCGGGGCAAAUGGAGUGGAUUCUCGCGGAAGCGUUGCUCGGGCAGAGCCGGGACCCCCGGGUCCUGCUCCGGACGCUGUGCCGCGGGGAGGCGUCCGCGGAGCGCGUGGAGACGCUGCACUUUCUCCUGCAGCGGCUGGAGGACGAGGCGGCGCGCGGCGGCGGGGACGCGCUCCCGGAGGCCGCGCGCGAAGUCGCCGCCGGCUACCUGGUGCCGCUGCUGCGCCGCCUGCGCGCACGCCCCGCGGGGGCCCCGGACUCGGACACGCCGGCCCGGCCCCGCCGGCGCCUGCUGAGGGCGGCGGGCGCGGCCCUGCGGUCCUGCGCGCGCCUCGCGGGGGGCCCGCCGCUGGCGGCCGCGCUGGCUGAGGAGGCGCUGCGCGACCUGCUGGCCGCGGGGGCCGUGCCCGGCCUCGAGGGGGGCGCCGAGGCGGCCGUGGAGGUGCUGGCGGCCGUGGGGCCCUGCCUGCGGCCCCGCGAGGACGGGCCGCUGCUGCAGCGCGUGGCGGAGGCCGCGCUGGCCCUGGCGCUGGCCGGGGACGGGGAGGCGGCGGCGCUGGCGGCCGGGCGGCUGCUGCCGGCGCUGGGCCGGGGCGGCGGGGCGGCGCUGCGGGCCGUGUGGGGCGGGCUGGUGGCGCCCUCGGGGCCGGGCCGCGUGGGCCCGCGGCUGCAGGUGCUGAGUGCCCUGGCCGAGCGGCUGCUGCCCGCGCCCGGCGAGGGCGAGGCGGGCCCGGACGCGCGGCGCUGCGCGCGGUUCUGGCGGACGGUGCAGGCGGGGCUGGCGGACGCCGAGGACGCGCUGACCCGCAAGCGCGCGCGGUACCUGCUGCAGCGGGCGGUGGAGGUGUCGGCCGAGCAGGGCGUCCCUUGCACCUGCGGCUCCGGGGAAGCACACGGCCCAAGUCUGUUUUGGUGGUCUGAGGAAAAAAAAGAUGAGCUUCUCAAGUUCUGGGAAAACUAUAUUUUAAUAAUGGAAACUCUAGAAGGAAAUCAGAUUCAUGUGAUAAAGCCAGUUCUGCCGAAGCUAAACACCCUGUUUGACUCUGCGGUGUCAGAGGGAACCGGACGGUGGCUCCUGCACCCCUCCUGGCACCUGUGUGUUUACAAAAGAAUGUUGGAAAGCGAGAACAAAAUCCUGGCCAGGGAAGGUGUCACCCACUUCUUGCAGCUCCCCGAAGCGAAGGUGCUUCCGCUCUCACCGGAGUUUUCGGAGUUCAUUAUCGGACCACUAAUGGACGCACUUUCAGAGAGCUCUCUGUAUGGCAGGUCGCCGGGCCAGCAGAUAGGAAGUGGGUCUCCACUGGGAUUGAAGUUACAGAGCUUUUUAGCUGCUUAUGUUUCUCUUCUUCCAGAAGAACUAAAGAGUAGUUUUCUGUUAAAGUUUAUUCAGAAGAUGUCGAGUAGACAUUGGUGUGCUGUUCCCAUUUUGUUUCUGUCUGAGGCUUUGGCCAGCGUCCCGAGAUGCAAGGCCCUGGGUCUGGAAGGCCUCCUGGCCCUCAGGGGCGUCCUCCAGUGCACCAUGGCCACUCACCAGAUCCUGCUGCGCGGGGCCGCCCAGUGCCAUCUGCUCCACGCGGCCAUGAACCUGGUCGACGUGGAGGAAGUGUCGCUGUCCGACAUCUCCGCGUUUCUCACGUCUCUGAGACAGGAGGAGUCCCUGGGCCGGGGGACGGCACUGUGGACAGAGCUCUGUGAUUGGUUGCGUGCUAAUGAGAGCUGUUUUGGACGACCCUCAACUUGUGGCUCCAUCGGACUUCAGGAGACGUGCUCUUUAAACGCUUACGUCAAGAGCCUCGUUCAAGAGUUCAUUACGUCACCUGCUUGGGAAACCGGAGAAAACUGCCGGAUGCCUGCCUGGGCUGAAGCCAAGCUGGUUGCUCUGAUGGUCUUGCUGGCUGUGGACGUGGAAGGAAGGAAGACCCAACACAGCGAGCGGCAGAGGACACAGAACGUGUUGAGGCUAUUCCUCGAUCCCCUCCUGGACGCCCUCGCCAAGUUGGGUUCGAAUGCCUACCUGCCCCUGCGGAAGACGGACAGGUGCCUGCAGGCGCUGGUGACGCUGCUGCGCACGUGCUCGCCGAAGGGCGCCAGCGCCCGGGAUGACGAGGUGUCUCCUCUCCUCCAGGACCUUGUCGCGUCCGCCGCCGAGAGCAUCUCCGACUUCCUCCUCAGGAGACUCACUCUGAAUGAGCUGAGCACUGCUGCAGACCUGGAUCGCUGCCAGCUGUACCUGCAGGUCCUCGCUGAGCUGGCGGGCCUCCCCGGGAAGCGGGGCGAGAGAGGCAGCCCCGUCCUGAGAAUCAUUUCCCCGUUGAGAGACGCAUCCAUCCGGCACCUGCAGGACACGGACGGUGGGCUGGUGCCCACGCUCGGGAGGCAGGUUCAGAGGGCGGUCAGCAUGGCUGCCCUGGCCGCGGUGUGUGAGGUGUGCGAGGCCCUCGGCCAGACGCCAGAGCUGCAGCGGGACCCUCCGGACGCCGGGCCCUCGGAGAGGCUCCUCGCCGCCCUCCCGCUCAGUCAGAGGCUGCAGAAGCCGCAGCCGGAGGAGCAGAGCAGUCUUCCGGAAGAGUCGUCGCCUUCCCCGGGAUGGGGCAGGAUAGCUGCGCAGUACGUCCACGACCAGUGGGCCUGCCUCUCGUUCCUGCUGAAGGAGCCCCACGCCCUGCUCCCCGCCUCGGAGGGUGCGCCCCCGGACCCUGUCCUGCCCGCCACACAGACGCCAGCGAGGACACUGCAGGCUGCGCUCGCCGCCCUCACGGUCCUCCCCUCCGAUCGCGUUCUGCCCGUGUUUCGCUGCAUGAAACUGCUGGUUCCCCAGCUUCUGGCCUCCUCUGAGUCGGUCUGCGUAGAGGCUUUUGACAUGGCUUGGAAAAUUAUCUCUACUCUAAGCAACACUCAGCUGGUAUUCUGGCCCAAUUUAAAAGCUUUUGUUCAGUUUGUGUUUGAUACCAAGGUUCUUACCAUUGCUGCAAAAAUCAAGGGCCAGGCAUACUUCAGAAUAAAAGAGAUUAUGCACGAGAUGAUUGAAAUGUCUGCUGUAAAAACCGGAGUCUUCAAUACCCUGGUAACUCACUGCUGCCAGUCGUGGCUAGUUCCUGCUCCAGAUGGGUCCCAGGGGUCUUUUUCCAAUGCUACCAAUUACAGCGAACUGGUCCUGGAGGCGUGUGUAUUUGGAACUGUGUUCAGGCGUGAUCAGAGACUAAUUCAGGACGUACAGACCUUUAUCGAAAAUCUUGGACAUGAUUGUGCGGCAAAUGUUGUUAUUGAAAAUACCCAAAGAGAGGACCACUAUGUCCGAGUUUGUGCUGUCAAAUUCCUGUGCUUGUUAGAUGACUCCAGUGUGGCUCAUAAGGCGUUUGUGGAAGACCUUGCCAUCAAGCUGUUAGAGAAAGAGGCUCUGGUGUCCUCGUCCAGAACGCGGUGCUACGUGAACUCCCAGCAGCACCGAGUGAAGAACCGCGUGUGGCAGGUCCUGCUCGUGCUUUUCCCCCGCUUCGACCAGAAUUUCUUGAAUAGAAUCAUUGACAAGAUUUUGCAGGCUGGUUUUAUCAACAACCAGGCGUCCAUCAAGUAUUACAUAGAAUGGAUUAUUAUACUGAUUCUUCAUAAGUUUCCUCAGUUUCUUCCGAAGUUCUGGGAUUGCUUUUCUUGUGGUGAAGACCAUCUUAAAACAAGCAUUUGUACAUUCUUAGCGGUUUUGUCCCAUUGGGACAUCAUUACUCAAAACCUUACAGAAAAGACGCUGGCUCUGAAGCAGGCCCUGGUCCUCGCGCUGCAGUGGGGCUUCAGCCACAACUUCAGUGUCCGCCUGUACGCGCUGGUCGCGCUGAACAAAGUCUGGGGCAUGUGUAAGACGCUGCAGAUGGGGGAGCUGGACGCUCUGGCGUCCGUGAUCGAGUCCAGUCUCAGCCAGGUGGAGAGCACGCCGGGAGCAGGGAACGCCAAGAAGAACUGGCAGCGCAUCCAAGACCAUUUCUUUUUUGCGACGUUCCACCCGCUCCGGGACUACUGCCUGGAGACCAUAUUUCACAUCCUUCCGCGCCUUGCAGGCCUUGUUGAAGACGAGUGGAUCGCCAUCGACAAGUUUGCCAAGUUCACGGACCUUCCCUCGGGGGCAGGGGCUCAUCGCUACCUCUCUGCGACGCAGCUGCGCGAGCUGAGGCCGGGGGACUGGGCUCAGCAGGACGCAGGCGCGCGCUCCGGGGAAGCAGACGAGCAGUCCGCGUGGACAGAUGUUCAGAAGAAGAUACUCCCGUGGAGACACUCCGCUCCCGACGCAGACCUGGAGCUGCUAUUUCAGGAUCGUGCUGCCAAGCUCGGCAAGGCCAUCGGCCGCUUGAUCGUAGUGGCCUCCCUCAUCGACAAGCCCACCAACUUGGGAGGCCUGUGCCGCACCUGCGAGGUGUUCGGGGCGGCAGCCUUGGUGGUCGGCAGCCUCCAGUGCGUCAGCGACAAGCAGUUCCAGCAGCUCAGCGUCUCGGCGGAGCAGUGGCUGCCUCUGGUGGAGGUAAAGCCGCCGCAGCUGGCGGCCUACCUGAGGCAGAAGCAGGCGGAAGGCUACACGGUCAUCGGCGUGGAGCAGACGGCCCGCAGCACGGCCCUGACCCAGUACUGCUUCCCGGAGAGGUCGCUGCUCCUGCUGGGAAACGAGCGUGAAGGAAUCCCCGCCGGUCUGAUCCAGCAGCUGGACGUGUGCGUGGAGAUCCCGCAGCAGGGCAUCACGCGCUCGCUCAACGUCCACGUGAGCGGAGCCCUGCUCGUCUGGGAGUACAGCCGGCAGCAGCUGCACAGGCGAGGGGCCCCAGCCUGAGGCCCCCUUCCUCUGAGGAGCUGGCGGUGCUAGUGGAACAGCUGGAAAGUAUUCGCACAAAUGAAACAAGUUCUGGAUUUACUAGAAUAAUUUGUGCAUUUUUUCCUUAUGCCAAACUUUUUCACGUGCCUUAAACAUAGUACGCUAAAUUUGUAUUGCUUCUUUAGUAAAAUGUUUUAAGCAGUUGUGGAAAUAAAACUAUUUUUAAAAGAUCA